UGUGGGAGCGGGCGGGAAGCGGCGGUGGGAGCGGGCAGGAGACGGGCCGGGCCGGGCCGGUGACCCGCCAUGUGAGAGACCCUGACAGCUCCAGAUUACUCUCUACAUCAUUAGAAAUGGACAGCAGCAGUUUCAUUCAGUUUGAUGUGCCCGAGUACAGCAACACUGUUCUGAGCCAGUUAAAUGAACUCCGCUUGCAAGGAAAGCUAUGUGACAUAAUCGUGCAUAUCCAGGGUCAGCCGUUUCGAGCCCACAAAGCUGUCCUAGCUGCCAGUUCUCCCUACUUCCGUGACCAUUCAGCAUUGAGUACCAUGAGUGGCUUAUCAAUAUCAGUUAUUAAAAAUCCCAAUGUUUUUGAACAGCUGCUUUCUUUUUGUUACACUGGAAGGAUGUCCCUACAGCUGAAGGAUGUUGUUAGUUUUCUAACUGCAGCGAGCUUUCUACAGAUGCAGUGCGUCAUUGACAAAUGCACACAGAUACUGGAGAGCAUUCAUUCGAAGAUCAGUGUUGGCGAUGUUGACUCUGUCACUGUUGGUGCUGAAGAAACCCCAGAAAACCGCAAUGGAGUUAAAGAUAGCAGUUACUUUGCCAACCCCAUCGAGAUAUCUCCCCCCUAUUGCUCUCAGGUGCGACAGUCAACAGCAGGCAGCGAUCUUAGGAUGGAAACAGCUCCUGGGAAAACUCUCCGUAGUCGUCUGCAAGAAGAAGGGCAUUCAGAUCGAGGAAGCAGUGGGAGCAUCUCUGAAUAUGAGAUUCAGAUUGAAGGUGAUCAUGAGCAAGGUGACCUGAUAGUAAGGGAAAGUCAGAUUGCAGAGGUGAAAGUUAAAAUGGAGAAGUCUGACAGGCCAAGCUGCUCUGACAGCUCUUCCCUUGGCGAUGAUGGAUAUCAUACGGAAAUGGUGGAUGGAGAGCAAGUGGUGGCAGUAAAUGUUGGUUCCUAUGGGUCUGUCUUACAGCAUGUCUAUUCGUUUACCCAUGCCUCAUCACAGGCUACAGGUGUGUCUGAAACCUUUGGAAGCAUGAGCAAUACAAGUCCUUCAAGGUCAAUGCUGAGCUGUUUCAGAGGGGGUCGUGCACGCCAAAAACGGGUAUCCAGCGGUCACUUGCACAGUGAUGUUCAGGGCUUGGUGCAAGGGGCUGACAGUGAAUCCAUGGUGAGUAACCCAGGAUAUGAAAGUAGUCCACGGGAAAGAAAUGCCAGAGGUCACUGGUAUCCAUACAACGAGAGGCUAAUCUGUAUUUACUGUGGGAAGUCUUUCAACCAGAAAGGGAGCCUCGAUCGACACAUGCGAUUGCACAUGGGAAUAACUCCUUUCGUGUGCAAGUAUUGUGGGAAGAAAUACACCCGCAAGGACCAACUUGAGUAUCAUAUUCGUGGGCACACAGAUGACAAGCCCUUCCGCUGUGAGAUCUGUGGCAAAUGUUUUCCUUUCCAGGGUACACUGAACCAGCAUUUGCGAAAAAAUCACCCUGGGGUAACCGAAGUAAGAAACAGGGUAGAGUCUCCUGACAGAACAGAAGCGUUUGUGGAACAGAAAGUAGAUAAUGAUGCUUCAGUUUCUGAAGCUAUGGAUUCUAGUAUGGAAAUUCAUGCAAUGUCUAACACAUCUGAUUAAAAUAUUACAUUCUAAGUGCAACACAAACAAGCACAUUUCUAAUGUAUUUUUAAAAUCUUUUAUUCUUUUAGUAACCUUCAGUACCAGUAUAACAACCUUUUAAUUUUCCUGACCUUCUGGAAACCAGUUCAAAAUGGUUUCUGCAGAAGACUACGUUAAGCAUUCUUUGUUUUUGAAGGAAGCUGGGUUGUUUGGUUGUGGUUUUGUUUACUUUUGAAGAUGCUCAAAAUAUAAAAGACAGUGUGCUGGGGAAAGGAUAGGAGUAGUCUGCUAAAAUGUCCCUACUGGUUGAUCUGGCAAGACACAGAUUCCAGUGGAGAAAGAUAAUAGAGUAAGGUUGGCAGCUCUGCUGGAUACACCAAGAAGCUGUAAUCUCUCUUACUUUAUUUCUUACAUCUUGUUGCUGGUAAUGAGUUGCACAGCACUGGGGAGAGAGAAUAUUACCGUUUUGGUUCCUUCCAUGUGUCAGGAUGAAAUCUGUUUGCUUUUACUAACUGGUUUUGGUAGUUAGUCUAUUUAUAUAUAUAAAUUUGCUUUAUAUAUAUAAAAUGCUUUCACUUUUCCUAUUCUGGUUGAGGUGAAUGUAAAAGUACGUCAAGGCUUAUACCAUGUACCACUCUUUCAACCGCUAGGUCUCCUCUCUGCUGAGGACGUAGGACUUUGGACUUUGGGAGGAUGGUUUUGGUUUCAAAAGAAUGUUGUUUGGGUUUUAUUUUAUUAAACUAUUACUUUGUGUGCAAAAGUGAGCAAAGUGAAUUACCUUGUUUUAAUAGCUUUGCUUUAUAACAUAUGUAAACCAAAUGCCAUAAAUCUAUUAAAUUAUGGUUACUUUGUUGAGGGGUUUUGUUAGUUGUCUAGAAUGCAAGCUGGACAACCUGUGGUGCUGACCUUUUUAUAUAUAUAGAGAUAGAUAUAUCUAUAUAUAUAUAUAUAUAUAAAAGAAAAAACUUUAGCAAACUUAAAGUAGCAUUGUGGUUUUAAAUGUGUUUUUACUGGCCUCAGAAUCUACCUUCAUUUCGUACUGUAGAACCAUACCAGGUAAUUAAAUUGAACUUCAUCACUCUUCAAGGUUGACUACAACCUGAGAGAGAUGUUGUAGUUUAAACUACAGUUAUUUCCAAGCAGUGUUUUACUAGGUCUCUUCACAGAGAGCUGUUUUCAGGUGCACAUUGACUUCCUACUUAAAGCUCCAAGUGAUAUGUCAGCACUUGGAAUUUGUACUUUUUUUGUAUUAAAAGAAAAAACACAAAUACUCUAUGGGAAUUUCAAGCAAUAUAUCUGUUAUUUCAAUGUGUGAGUAUUACAGAGUUGCUAUGGCUUCCCUACUAUUUUCAGUGGUUGUUUUCUGCGCAAAGGAACUACCAACAACUUUAAAAAUACUCUGAACCUUUUCCUUUCACCAAAUUUUUGUUUUGUUUUGUUUUCGAUAUGGUGCUAACUUCAUCUUUUAGGUCAGUAUAAUAUAGAAAAUGUGAAAUAUAAUAGAAACAGUUAAGCAAAUAAAAUAAAGUUUAAAAAAAAAAAGGAAAUACAUUUAAAAAAUCCAACAAAAAAAAAAACAAAACACCAAACCAAACAACAACCACCAAACAAAAAGAAGCCCCACCCCAAACAAACCAGCUACAGCAAAAAAAAAAAAACAAACAAACCACAACACAAUAGCUUAAGAGACCUCAAAAGCCUGAACUGGCAAACACUACUGUGUCAAAUACUACCUGAAGAACAGAAUUAAAUGAAUCACAUCCUUCCUUAAAAUACAGGUUUUGUAUAAUUGGGCCUUAUAUUUCUUUAGCAAAUACUGCAAAUAAAUCUGUGAAGCUGUUGGACUCUUGAAAUCUAGACCAUGAAAACUCAUUCCUAACUUAUGGGAAAGAAAAAAGGUAUCCUGUAAAGCUUUUUUGGCUCCUGUGAAGUUGGGGCAUAUUUGUGCAGUAGCUUUAUUAAAUACACUAGUUCUUUAUAUUGUGACAGUCUGCAGUAAGAAUUAAUUUCACUAAAUACAGAUUUACAGUAUAAAACCCAACUGCUUGGAGCAGUUUCAGUUCAAUUGAGUACAAAAUCUGCAUCAUUGUCCUAAAUCUGCCUAAAUAACGAGGCAGAGGGUGGGGAGAUAUUUCUCUCCUUGAAGCAACAAUAGAACUUUGGUUUCCACUAAGGGAAAGUAUAUGUCUGUUUCUAGGGAAUGUAGUCUAUGUGUUUACCCACUUUAAAACAUGUUGGUGUUUCUGAUACUGUUUUGUUUUGUUAUUUUCCUAAACGUUUAAGUAAUUAAAUGCAAUAUAUAUAUAUAUAUAUAUAAAAAAAAAAAUGUGUUUUGAAAAGUUUGAGACAUGCAAAAUCCAAGAAAUGUACAGUUAUUCUUAACCCUUGAUCUUGGACCCGUGCUGUGGUGCCUUUGGUGUGAUCUUUUUUCCCCUGGAAGUAGAAGUUGAAGAUAGCAGGAUAUGGGGACUAAUUUUAUAUUUCUUGAAUUUCUCCAUGUCACAAUCUUAACCUUAUUUAAAUCUAGUUCUUUGUAUUUGUAAAUGUGUUUAAAUGGUUUGAGUUUACCAAAGAGUGACUUAUCCAAAAUUGUCUCUGACAAAAAAAGAAAAAAAAGGAAAAAAAAAAAGAAAAAAAGAAAAAAAAGAAAAAUAAGGGAAGAAAAAAAAAGAAAAACUAAAAUCCAACAUCACUUUGAUUGUACAGGUUCAGGUUCAAAUCAUUGUAACAGGACUGUUAAGGGGCAGGAAAUGAUCACUUUUUUUCUACAAAAUCAUGAUUCAGCAGUUUGCAAGUUCUGCUUGCUCCUGUUUGUGUGGAUAUGCCAUUUACCCUUUCACUGCUAGCAGUGUUAAUAAUUAUCAAGCCAUAACACAGUACUGUAAAGUUCAGCAGUGCUUCAGAGGAUGCAUACAUAGGUGAGAAUAAAACAUCAUUGAGCGUUACACUUACAAAGUGUGUGACUCUGGUAGAAAACGAACUUCAAACCUGGCAACAGCAAUUAAAUUGUGCCUUGUCACAUAAUGGUAUGACAGGAUGAACAUUGCCAUGAAACGUGAAGCAUUACCUGAUUGAAGUUCAUUUCACAAGUCCACCAGAACAGAGUAUGCUGUGUUAUUUUAAGCAGAUUAUGGAAGUACUGUACAGUGUCUCGCGUCUGUACAGUUUGAAGUUAGCACAGAGCUGUUACACAUUUCAUUUACAAUAAAUGCAGAAGUUGGUAAAAAUAUGUGAAGAAAUAUUUGACAGCAAAAGAAAUCAUGAAAUUAUAUAGGCUGGUUCAUAAUUGAGUCUCUUCUUAAUCUAAUCUACCUUUUUAAUGAUAGACAAAUGUGAAAACAGUGACAGUGUCCUUUCCUCUAAAUGUUUAACCUAUAAUGACAAACUGUGAAAAUAAAGGAUUUCCUACUUUUGCUAAUGUUUGUGGGUUUUAAAAGUUCUUUUAGUUUUUUUCUUAAAUCAGUUAUCUUCCAUAUGAUUGCUUUUCAACUUGUAAAUACCUUUUAGAAAAUAGCUCUGUAAAUACUUAACAGUUUAUUGAAAGUUCAAUUAGGUCAACGAGGCCUCAAGAUUGGCUCUGCUUUUUGAGUGUGAAAUCUGUCAAUAGCAUAAAGGAUACUGUCAGUUCACUGUUCAGCAGAACAUACUGUAGACCUAAAUUGAUAGUUCUUAAAGCAGUCUUCCCAAGCAUAAAGUCAUGGUUUAUGCUAAAGCCUUUGGUUUACUUUUAGACAAAACAGUCAGGCCUCUAAAUACGUUUAGGCUGAAUUAUGGGAAGAACAGCAGGAAUAAAAUCAAGGGCUGGGAAAAGAUUUGAAUGAGCUUUACCUUUAAAUAUAUAUAUAUAUCUUAUUUGAAUUUUUUGUAUUAGUUUACUGUGAUUCUUUUAUUGUCAUUUUUCUAAACAGGUUUCAAGUGAAACCAUUGAAAGGGACUCAAAUAUGCAACACCUAAUCUAUUUUCCAAGGGAAUUUUACCCUUGAAUGGUGCUUUUUGACUGGUCAGGGUUAUUUAUUAAAUUUUAUAUUUGAAAGUAUUUGGGGAAUUAUGUAAAUUCUUUAUAUGAAUCUGUUUAUUUCAUUAAUUGUAAAUUUCAUAAUACUCAGUGACUGAAUUGGAAGUUUAGUAAAGUCAUUCAAAAUGUUCAAAGUUUAUAUAAUCUGUGUGCAUUUUACAUAUAUUUUAACAAGUGCCAGAAUAGUUGUAUUUAAUAUUGUAGAUUUACUACUACUUGCACAUCCCUGUGACAACAUUAACUUAACUUACACAAGUUUACAUUAUAUUAACAAAAAAAAGGAUUAAAAAAAAGAAAAAGCUAAACAAAGAAGUAAGCCUGGGACCUGUGUUCCUGUAUUUCUUCAGGGGGUGUGAAGCUGAGUAUCAGUAACUGAGCAGGUUUGCUUCUUGUUGGUGCAAGUAACUCCUGCUCUGGUAGAUACCACAAACUGCUGUCUCUCCCAUUUACAUAUGCUAUGAAUUCAGCCGUUGGACUUGUACUUCAAGCCUCUGGUUGUAUAUCUGAUUAGAGGUAGAGCUCUUGCACGGUUUUGACAGUGUUUGUUUCUGACUGAAAACUUGUAUUUUUAAAUGACUUUUAUUUGUAUGGUUGUUUUUUCAUGAUAAAAUAAUUGAACAGUUUGAAUGACUUGACUUGGUGUCAUUAUCUUGCAAUAUAAACCGGUAACCUCACAACUCCACACUUCAUCACCAUAUGAAGUAAAUGAAGCUAGCUAAGCUGAUGCUGUAACAAUUAAUAACUUGCCAUUAAGGAUUAUUUUAUAGCAUGAAUUUUAAAAUAUUUAUUCAAAUGAUAUUUUACUCUUGUAUUCACUUUGUUUUUAGAUUUGUGACAUGAAUAUUUCAGUGCUGCUUUAUUUUGUUCUGAUGAAAUUGUUUCCUGCUUGUAAAUGGCUUUUUUUAUGGUAUAAAGUCAAUGGGAAUUGCUGUUUGUAAAUUAAAAUGCUUCUAGAGCAAA